AUGGACGUGAAGAGCGCAUUCUUGAAUGGUCUACUCGAAGAAGAAGUUUAUGUCGAACAACCCCCAGGUUUUGAGGUAAAAGGCGAAGGUGAUAAAGUCUACAAACUUAAAAAGGCAUUGUAUGGGUUGAAACAAGCACCUCGAGCUUGGUAUGAUACUUUGUCAAUGUUCUUGAUAAACUGUGGAUUCACCAAAGGCCUUGUUGACAAAAUUCUAUUUAGAAUUCAAGAUGGUGAUCAUAUUUUAUUAGUGCAAAUAUAUGUUGAUGAUAUUAUUUUUGGAAGCACUAACAAUUCUUUGUGUGUGAAAUUUUCGAAGCUUAUGCAGAAUAAAUUCGAAAUGAGCAUGAUGGGUGAAUUGAAUUACUUCUUGGGCUUACAAGUCAAACAACUGAAAGAAGGAGUAUUCAUCAAUCAAGCAAAGUACACCCGCGACUUGAUAAAGAAGUUUGGCCUUGAUGGAAAAUCAUCGAUCAAAAUUCCAAUGAGCACAUCAAUAAGGCUAGACAAAGAUGAAGAUGGAAAGGAUGCCGAUCAAACAAAAUAUAGAGGAAUGAUUGGUUCUCUUUUAUAUCUUACUGCAAGCAGGCCGGACAUCUCUUAUGCUGUGGGAGUGUGUGCAAGAUUUCAAGCAAAUCCAAAAGAAAGCCACCUCACCGCAACAAAGAAGAUCAUACAAUAUCUGAAAGGCACAAUCAAUGUUGGAUUGUGGUAUCCAAAAGGUACAAAUUUUACUCUAACAGGUUUUUCAGAUGCGGAUUUUGCAGGUUGCAAAAUAGACAGAAAAAGCACUUCCGGGACAUGCCAGUUCUUGGGGGGAAGGCUUGUUUCUUGGUUCAGCAAAAAGCAAAAUUCCAUCGCAACUAGUACCGCCGAGGCCGAAUAUAUUGCUGCAGGAAGUUGUUGUGCACAAAUUUUGUGGAUGAAGCAACAAUUGAAGGAUUACGGAGUUAAUUGUGAUGACGUUAGUAUUUAUUGUGAUAAUACUAGUGCAAUCGCUAUCACUCACAAUCCGGUGCUUCACUCAAGAACCAAACAUAUUGACGCUUCAAUGACUCCGAAGAAUCAAGAGAAGAGAAGAUCUUCCAGGAGAGUGACCGAGCAAGCAAGACAAGCAAUGUUGAGAGCUCGACGUGCUGCAAAUGGAGGACAUGAAGUUGGAGACACACCUAGUGAUCCUCUUAUCCUAUUCUCUGAAGAAGAGGAAGGAUAA